AUGGGGAUAACCAAUAGCAGUGUCAGUGGACAGUUCAUCCUGGUGGGCUUCUCUGACCAACCCCAGCUGGAAAAGAUACUCUUUGUGGUUGUUUUGGUGUCCUAUCUCCUUACACUUGGGGGAAAUACACUCAUUAUUCUGAUCUCCUCCAUAGAUCCCAAGCUCAGAACCCCCAUGUACUUUUUCCUCACUCACCUCUCCCUGGUUGAUAUCUGCUUUACCACCAGCAUUGUCCCCCAGCUGCUGUGGAACCUCAGGGGACCAGCCAAGACCAUCACAUCCUUGGGCUGUGCAGUCCAGCUCUACACCUCCCUGGCACUGGGCUCCACUGAGUGUGUUCUCCUAGCUGUAAUGGCUUUUGAUCGUUAUGCUGCUGUUUGCAAACCCCUCCACUAUGCCUCUGUGAUGAACCCACGGUUAUGCUAUGCUUUGUCAGGGGUUGCAUGGCUGAGUGGACUAGGAAACACUCUCAUCUCAGGCACUGUCACCCUCUGGCUGCCUCGCUGUGGACACAGGAGACUCCAUCAUUUCUUCUGUGAGGUGCCCUCCAUGAUCAAGCUUGCAUGUGUGGACAUCCAUGCCAUCGAGAUCCAGAUAUUUGUUACUUCACUGGUCUUGCUGCUCCUGCCCUUAGCCCUGAUAUUGAUGUCCUAUGGACAUAUAGCCAAGGCAGUCUUGAGGAUCAGAUCAAUCCAGGCCUGGCGCAAGUCCCUGGGAACAUGUGGUUCUCACCUGACGGUGGUGACCCUCUUCUAUGGGACCAUCAUAGCUGUCUACAUCCAGCCCAACAGCUCCUAUGCCCACAUUCAUGGGAAAUUCAUCUCCCUCUUCUAUACGGUACUGACACCGACCCUCAAUCCUCUCAUCUACACGCUGAGGAAUAAAGAUGUGAAAGGAGCACUGGGAAGACUAUUUCACAGAGAACUAAGCUCAUAA